AUGUCAGCCUCCAAGUCGCGAUGGGCUGACGAAGACCCCGAAACUGAAGCGAUUAUCGCGCAGAAGAAACGCGAAAAGGAGGAGAAACGACGCGCCAAGGCUGAGAAGCAGCGCCAGCUGGAGGAAGCCAGUAAGGUUCGGACUGCGACACAGACGGAUGGCACUGCCCAAUCGCCCAAUGGAGUCUCAGGACCGCCUUCCAAGCGAAGGAGGCUAUCGAAUGAUCCCAAUGCAACACCCGCCGAUGCAGAGGUUCCAGAGAGCGAGCAGCAAGCUCAGAAGAAGCAGGCGAGCUUGCUGAGGUUCCCGGUGCGGGAAUGGGGGACUUGCAGACAUGUUGACAAUUUCGAGCGCUUGAAUCACAUCGAAGAAGGCUCCUAUGGCUGGGUGUCUAGAGCAAAGGAUAUAAACACGGGGGAGGUGGUCGCGUUGAAGAAAUUGAAGAUCCAGAGCUCGCCGGACGGGUUCCCUGUGACUGGGCUGCGAGAGAUUCAGACACUGCUUGAAGCGCGACAUCAGAAUGUAGUCUUCCUACGAGAGGUUGUUAUGGGUAAUCAGAUGGACGAUGUAUACCUAGUUAUGGACUUCCUCGAACACGACCUCAAGACCCUUCUCGACGACAUGCGCGAACCAUUCCUCCCAUCCGAAAUCAAAACCCUCCUCCUCCAGGUAGUGGGUGGACUCGAGUUCCUGCACGACCAAUGGAUCAUGCACCGCGACCUAAAGACAUCCAAUCUCCUCAUGAACAACCGCGGCGAGAUCAAGAUUGCCGAUUUCGGCAUGGCACGCUACUACGGAGAUCCCCCACCAAAAUUGACCCAGCUUGUCGUGACACUCUGGUAUCGAUCUCCGGAAUUGCUCCUCGGCGCAGACAAAUACGGCACCGAGGUAGACAUGUGGAGUAUUGGGUGUAUCUUCGGCGAAUUACUCACCAAAGAGCCCCUUCUCCAGGGCAAGAACGAAGUGGAUCAAGUUUCCAAGAUCUUCGAGUUAACAGGCCCGCCAAAUUCGCAGAUCUGGCCUGGAUUCCGGUCUCUGCCUAAUGCCAAGUCUUUGCGUUUGCCACAGUCGAGUUCGACAUCUAAGAAUCCUCCGCUGCUGCCUCGCUCGCGAUUCCCAUAUUUGACUAAUGCGGGAUUGAACCUGCUGUCCGAGUUGUUGGCUCUCAAUCCUGCUUCACGUCCGACGGCCCGGCAGUGUCUUGCUCAUCCUUAUUUUAGGGAGGAUCCUCGUCCCAAACCGAAGGAGAUGUUCCCUACUUUUCCUUCGAAGGCUGGAAUGGAGAAGCGGAGGCGCCAUCAUACACCUGAAGCUCCUAAGCAUGGCCAGGCAGCACCUCAACUUGAUUUUGCUGGGGUGUUUGGUGGUGCUACAGGAGGAGAUACAGGAGAGGUUGGCGCUGGGUUCACCCUCCGCCUGGGCUAA